CUAACAUGGAGUCUACAUCUCCCGAUGGUUUCAAAAAUUGAGAUAACGAUUAUGAAAGAAUGAUGGGAUUCUUAGAAUAUUCAGAAAUAAUUCGAAAUCCUUUUAAUGGAAACCCAAUUCAGGAUAAUUGACAAUCAAAUCUAACUAAAAGUACAGAGAAGUCUCAGAGUUCAGAGACUGAAAGCUCUUUAAAGUCUUAUUCGAGCUCUCAUUCAAGCUCCUGUCUAAACAUGGAUCAAGGGAAAACUCAUCCCCAAGACUGCCCAUUCUGAGAGAAUUUCAUUUCCAAGAAAGUAAAUUCAAUAUUAGCUUGGAUUGUCAAAAAGGAGAAAAAUGCUACCCAGAAGUUGCCUAGUCUAAACUCCCUCUAAAUCAGACACUAAAUGCUCAGUUAAAGUCAGGUGGUGAACUGCCACAAAAUUUGACAAAGACCUACCAGAAAAAGGAAACAAGAGAUAACCAGAACGCCAGAGAUUCCUAAAAAAGACCUCAAGUGUUUCCAAAGAUA